GAGAUAACCAGAGACUGCAGACAUACUACAGGAGAUGACCAGAGACUGCGGACAUACUACAGGAGAUGACCAGAGACUGCAGACAUAGUACAGGAAAUAACCAAAGGCUGCGGAUUUACUACAGGAGAUGACCAGAGACUGCACAUAUAGUAUAGGAGAUGACCAGAGACUGCGGACACAGUACAGGAGAUGACCAGAGACUGCACAUAUAGUACAGGAUGACCAGAGACUGCGGACAUAGUACAGGAGAUGACCAGAGACUGCGGACACAGUACAGGCGAUGCCCAGAGACUGUGGACAUACUACAGGAGAUGACCAGAGACUGCGGACAUAGUACAGAUGACCAGAGACUGCGGAUAUGCAGAGAUGACCAGAGACUGAAGACCUUUGGGGAGCAGGUACCCGAUUCUACUGCGAUUGCCUAGGUGAUCAGAAGCAGA